AUGGGGUUGCCCAAGGGGCCGGAGGGCCAGGGUCUCCCGGAGGUAGAAACAAGUGAAGAUGAAGAACAAAAUGUCAAGCUGACUGAAAUUCUGGAGCUUUUGGCUGCAGCUGGGUAUUUCAGGGCAAGAAUUAAAGGCUUAUCACCUUUUGACAAGGUAGCAGGAGGAAUGAUUUGGUGCAUUACCACUUGCAGCUUUGACAUAGACGUUAAUCUACUCUUUCAGGAAAACUCCACAAUAGGACAAAAAAUAACACUAUCAGAAAAAGUCGUCUCAGUCCUGCCAAGGAUGAAGGGUCCACACCAGCUGGAGCCCCACCACAUCCAGGGCAUGGAUUUUAUUCACAUAUUUCCUGUUGUCCAGUGGCUGGUGAAGCCAGCUAUAGAAACAAAGAAAGAGAUGGGUGACUACAUCCGCUCCUACUCCAUAUCCCAGUUCCAGAAAACCUACUGUCUCCCUGAGGAUGAUGACUUCAUAAAGAGAAAAGAAAAGGCCAUCAAUCCAGUUGUCUACUUUUCAGAUGUUUACAAGCCCCAUCGGAAAUACAAACGCCAACAGGGAGCAGAAGAGCGGCUCAAUGAAGAAUCUCGAGUCCAUGCCACGCUUCUGGAAUAUGGUAGAAGAUAUGGAUUCAGCCGCCAGAGCAAAACAGAGAAGGCCAAGGACAAGAAGACGGCACUUCCCGCAGGGCUCUCGGCUGCUGGAAAAGAUGAUGCCCAUGAGGAAAAUGAAUUUCAAGUUGCUGAAGAGCAGCAUAUUCAGUCCUUGAUGACCAAGAUGACCGCCAUGGUGAGUGAGGAGAGCCGCCUCACCGCCAGCUCGGUGGGCCAAAUCGUGAGACUCUGUUCCGCCGAGAUCAAGCAGAUCAUGUCCGAGUACGCAGAGAAGCAGUCUGAGCUGUCAGCUGAAGAAAGUCCAGAAAAAUUAGGAACCUCCCAGCUUCAUCGUCGAGAAGUCAUCUCCUUGAACAAGCAGAGUCUGCAGAAGACCAAACAUCUGGAAGAGCUACAGGCAAGUCAUACCAGCCUACAAGCCAGAUAGGAUGAAACAAAGCAAACUCUGACAGAGCUGAAGCAUCACAGUGAGAAGCUGGACAAAGAGCAAGCAGCCCUGGAGAAGACAGAAUCCAAAGAGGAUCCCGGUAACCUGCAGAACUUGAGAGCACUUGUAGCCAUGAAUGAAAAUCUGAAAAGUCAGGAACAAGAGUUUAAAGCACAUUGUCGAGAGGAGAUGACACGGCUGCAGCAGGAAAUUGAAAACCUGAAAGUCAAGAGAGCGCCAGGGGGAGAGGAGAAGAGCCUGUCUGCUGGAGAGCCACAUGGUGCCCUAAGCCCUGUGAUGACUCAUAAUGAAGACCUAGACAGAUGGUAUAACAUGGAGAAAGAGAAACUUUACAAGAUCCAUUUACUACAGCCUCAAAGAAAUCAAGAAAUAGCAAUUGUGCAUGGCAAGACUGAUGAAGUACCCAGCCGAGCUGAGCUAAUACAGUAUCAGAAGAGAUUUACUGAACUCUACCACCAGAUUUCCACAGUGCACAAAGAAACCAAUCAGUUCUUCACUUUAUAUAAUACCCUGGAUGGUAAAAAGGUUUAUUUGGAAAAAGAGAUCAGCCUGCUGAACUCAAUUCAUGAGAACUUCUCACAAGCCAUGGUCUCCCCUACUGCCAGGGACCAGUUUUUACGUCAAAUGGAACAGAUCAUAGAAAGAAUUAAGCAGAGCAGAAUGAAGAUGGAAAAGAAGAAGCAAGAGAACACGAUGAGAAGAGACCAGUUGAACGACCAGUACCUGGAACUGUUGGAAAAGCAGAGGCUGUACUUGAAGACUGUGAAGGAGUUCAAGGAGGAGGUGCAGAAUGAAGUGUUGCCGUCCAAGGUGAAAGCCAAGGCCUCCUGA